AUGCGACAAAUGAAUGGUGUUGAUCAUGUGUGGUUGACAAUAAGUGACAUAUUUAUAAUUCGUUUUAAAGUGAAUGCAAAUUAUUUGGAUACUUUUACAGAAAACCCAAGCACAAAUACUUUGCGUGUAAUUCAAGAACAGACAGAAUCGCUGUCGUUUGAAUGGAAACCGAUGAAGCACGAUUCGUUUUCAUAUGUAUAUUUACAACAACCAGCAGGCUGGUUUGGAAGCACUACAAGAAAAAUUGAAGCUGGAGAUAUUGGAAAUUUGCCAACCAUUGGGAAACCGUGUGAAGCGACAAACUAUGAAGCUAUCGGUUACUAUAGUUGGUAUAAAUUGAACUACGAUUUUUUAACAUAUUACAUUAAAUAUGAACGAGGUGAGCUUGUCAUUAUAUUGCAGUUGCUCAGUAUUAUAUCUUGUCUCUGUAUUCAUGUAUUUUGUACUGAGAGCAGAGAAGAAUCUGCUUAA